GCUUAUUCUCGCCUCUCAGGUGAGACGCGGUGUAUUUCGAACACCUUACAUCACGUCUCACAGUCCGGAGAAGGCAGCAGAAUCAUUUGAAACAUGGAGAUCCGCAUCAUUAUGCUGGAUGGGACUUCCCACAGCAUAAAUGUGAACCCGGAGGACUCCGUCGGUUCUCUGAAGAAGACGAUCCAGACCAGACUGGGAUACCUCCCUGUCAGGCAGAAGCUGGUGAUCAGUAACGGCCAGAGGACUCCUCUAAGCGACGACUCCCGGUCUCUGAGGGACUACGGUCUGCAGUCCGGCUCCCAGGUGUCUCUGCUGGUCACUCAGCCCGCCAACAUCCAGGUGUUCCUCCGCAACGAGAAGGGAAAGUUGAGCACCUACGACAUCACACCUGAGGAGACUGUGGCUGACUUCAAGACCAGAGUGCAGCACAGAGAGGGAGUUCCUGUGAGCCAGCAGAGACUCAUCCACCAGGGCCGGGAGAUGAUGACCGGGACUCUGGCGGACUACAGCGUCGGGGAGCACAGCACCAUCGACAUGACUAUGCGUCUGAGAGGAGGCUGAGGACACUGACACGGUUAUUAGUGGUGAACAUGCUUUUAUUUAAUGCCAGUUAAAGUAGAUGUUUAUCUUUUGGUGUUUUAAUUUGGAAAAUCAAUAAAUCAUUAAAAUAAUACAGCAUGUUUAAAAUCCCUAUUAACUGUGCACAAUUUAAAAUAAAUAAAGUCUUUAGACUUUCCAGA